AUGAAUAAAGAUUGGGUUCAUUGGCCAAGGGGGGAAGUUCCAUACCAGGAUGAAUUGAAGAAGUUCAUAAAGUUAACUUGUGAGAAAAUUGGAAAUCCUUCUAAGUUUAGUUGUCCUUGUGUGGAUUGUAAGAAUCUUGCUGCGCCACUUCCUCCGGGUACAGUACAUUUUCACUUGCUACAACGAGGUAUGGAUCCUACUUAUACCGAGUGGGUUCUUCACGGGGAGAAGGCUAGCACUUUGAAUGAUGUUCAUGAAGAGGGAGCAACAAGUCAACGUACUUUCUAUCAUAUGUGGACAGAUGCUAAUGUUGAUUUUUCCGAACCAGAACAAGGGGUUGCUGAACCUACGCAGGACGAUGGGUCGCAGAACCAAAAUGAAGGAUUGUUGAACCAGAUUGAAGAGGCUGACUUCCUAUUAUACCCUGAUUGUAAAACACACACAAAGAUAUCUAUGAUUAUUGAAUUGUAUAGGCACAAGACAUUAAAUGGUUUAUCUCAAAAAGAUUUUGAUGAACUUCUCAAUACAAUUGGUUCCAUACUGUCCUCAGGUCAUUGUCUUCCUAAAUCAACUUAUGAAGUGAAGAAGUGGAAGGAAGACACAUCUAACAUGGAUGACGAUGUUGACAUGAUACACAAGCCCAAAAAGAAGAUACCGGUGAAGGUGCUUAGAUACUUCCCCCUUGUGCCGAGAUUAGAGAGAUUGUAUAAAUCAGCAGAGCUAGCUCAGCAGUUGAUUUGGCACGCGACUCAUAAGAGUAAAGAUGGGAAGAUACUUCAUCCAACAGAUUCUUUGUCUUGGGAGCACAUAGACACAAAGUUCCCCGAGUUUGCUUCAGAAUCCCGUAAUUUGCGUCUUGGGCUUGCUGCUGAUGGAUUUAAUCCGUUUGGCGAUCUUUCCCCAACCCACAGUUGUUGGCCAGUGUUGCUUGUGUGGGAUAACAGCGUGGAGGUUUAUGAUUCAUUUAGUAAGACAAUUUUCAAUUUUAAGGAAUUAUUGAUGUGGACGAUAAACGAUUUUCCUGCUUAUGGUAACCUAUCUGGAUGCACGUAUAAAGGGAAGGCAUCCUGCCCUCUUUGUGGUGAUAAUACUCUUUCAAACUGGUUGUCGUUUAGUCGUAAAACUGUUUACAUGAAUCAUAGGAGAUAUCUACCUCAUAAUCAUCUUCUUCUAUAUAGUAAGAAGAAAACCUGUUUUAAUGGAGAGAUUGAGAGGAACGAAAAGCCACAUAUUAUGUCUGUUCCAUGGAUUUUGAACGUCAGAGCAUGUGGGAAGCGGAAAAGGGAAGUCUUUGCUACUGAUGCUGGUACGAGUGUUGCUGCUGGUUCUGGUGCACAGGAUUCUGACCAUCCGUUAUUCAACAAACGGUCGAUAUUUUUCGACUUGCCUUACUGGAAGGAAUUGUUACUACGGCAUAAUAUUGAUGAUAUGCAUACUGGAAAAAAAAAACGUCUGUGA